UAUAUGUAGACCAUGAAUUGCUGCACCAAGAGUGGUAAUGGCGUGAUACCCUGGACAGAGGGCAUGCCUUGCGUCCCUAUCAGACUAUGUAUCUGUCCACGCAUAUACAUUCCAGUGGUUGUAGAGUAGGACCCACUCGCUAUAGGUAAUAUAGCGGAAAAUCCCACAUUGUGUUUGUGUGCCUGGCAGCUUUAAAUAUCCCGGCUGGCACUCAUUGGGCCAUACCUGGAGAUGGAGGAGAACUUUCGCAUGGGUUCUGAACCAUCAUGGAAUCCAAGUCCUGGAAAAGCGUGUCAAAAGAGAGCCAAGCCUCGUCAGGGCAAACGCUCUUAGGCGACGAUCCCCCGCCAGGGAGGUGGGCAGAGCCAGCGGUGGAACACUCGGAUCUGCGACUAGUGCGCGAUGACAUCUCUAUGGAUAUAUUUCUAGUGGCCGCUGCAGAGCUGGCCGAGAGAUUUACCUAUCGGUCGGUAUCAGCACCAAUACAGAACUAUAUUCAGAAUCCCCGGGACGAUCCAUCGCACCCGGGAGCGCUGGGAAUGGGCCAGACAAUAGCGACGAGCAUCAACUACAUUUUUGUUACGUGGUGCUACCUAUCUCCGGUUCUAAUGGGUAUCAUAGCAGAUAGCUUUCUGGGUCGGUUCAAAACUAUCAUUCUAGGAACUGGACUAUCGGCAGGCGGGGUAUUGAUUUUAUUUGCCACUUCUCUCCCAGGGAGUCUGGAGAACGGAGCUGGUUUCCCCGGGCUUGUGGCUGCGUUGAUCUUGAUCGGACUGGGAACCGGUGCUAUCAAGAGCAAUGUUGGACCACUGAUUGCAGAGCAGUAUCAGUCUAUCGGGCCGCGCGUGAAGACCUUGCCAGAUGGUGAACAGGUUCUGGUAGACCCAAACAUUACUAUCCAGGCGAUAUAUGCCCGAUAUUACUGGUCAUGGUUAGAGCUGAAAGUGGGUUUCUGGGCUGCUUUUAUGCUACCUUUAUGCUUUUGGGCUCUGGCAAUGAUCGCUCUUCUGGCUGGUCGCACGCGUUAUAUUGUGCGACCCCCGAAUGGAUCAGCUAUUGCCAAGGCAAUGCGAAUACUAUGGAUUGGUAUCAGAAGCGGAGGCAAUCUCGAGGCAGCCCGGCCUGCAUCACUGGAAAAGACCGGUGUCUCCGUGCCAUGGGAUGAUGUGUUCGUGGACGAACUUAAAUGUGCCCUGGUGGCAUGUCGUGUAUUUCCAUUAUACUGGAUUUGUAGUGGCCAGGCAAGUUCAAACCUUGUCAGUCAAGGCGCCUCGAUGAACACUCAUGGUGUACCGAAUGAUAUGAUGGGAUGUAUUAACCCCAUCACGGUCCUCAUUGCAGUACCAUUGUUUGAGCGCUUUGUUUAUCCGACGUUGCAUCGCUUGCAUAUCAAGUUCAAGCCAAUUAGUCGGAUCGCGACAGGCCUUCUGUUGUCGUCUUGUGCGAUGGCACUAGCGGCCGGCCUCCAGGAACUGAUCUACGAGACCUCCCCAUGUCAAAGAAACCCAGCAGCCGAUAGUUGCAAAGGAGUCUCUCCGAUUCGACGGAUCAGCAUACUUUUGCAAAUACCAGUUUACUGUCUGAUGGGUCUUGCCGAGCUGUUCGCAAUGCUAUCCGGGAUGGAGUAUGCUUAUACCAAAGCGCCACAGUCCAUGCGUAGCAUUAUCAUGUCCCUUUUUCUCCUGGCCGGCGCAUUCGGUUCUUCCAUUGGUGUUUCUCUUUCGCCGACAUCUGUGGAUCCCAAGGUCUUGAUAGAAUAUAUAUCGCUCAGUGCCACUAUGCUGAUGGCGGCUGUCAUAUUUUUUUUGUGUUUCCGAAAAUAUAACAGGAUGGAGGAGAGUAUGAACAAACUAGUCAAUGGGGAUCGCCCGAGGAGGGAGUCAUGA